AGUGGCGGACACAGAUCUCGCGUCUGGUGUCGUCGCCCCCCGCGCGUGCUCCGCCACUGACCGAGCCACCAAAUUCCUCCCCAUUUCGAAUCAGCCGAACCGGAGGAGAUUCCCCGUCCACGCCUCGCCGAACCCUAGCCACGGCGAUCUCGCAUGGCCGCCCACCCGCGAUCUCUCCACGCCCUGCUCGGCGGCGGCGCAGUCGCCGACGUGCUGCUGUGGCGGCGGAGGAACGCCUCGGCGGCGGCCGUGGUGGGCGCCACGGCGGUCUGGUUCGUCUUCGAGCGCGCGGGCUACAGCCUCCCCUCGGUCCUGGCCAACGCCCUGCUCCUUCUCGUUGCCAUCCUCUUCUUCUGGGCCAAGUCCGCGUCGCUGCUCAACAGGCCUCUUCCACCUCUUCCUAAUCUAGAGGUUUCAGAUGUGGUUGUUGAGAAAGCUGCCGAUCGUGCUCUUGUAUGGAUCAAUAGAGUGCUUGCUGUUGGCCAGGAUAUUGCCAUCAAGAGAGAUAGGAAAAUUUUUAUAAGGGUGAUAUUGAUACUGUGGGUGGUUUCGUAUGUUGGAAUGCUCUUCAACUUCCUUACGCUCAUUUACAUUGGGGUAAUGCUUUCUCUGUUGGUUCCACCACUGUAUGAGAAGCACCAGGAUCAUGUUGAUGAAAAGCUCGGUGUAGCACACAGUGUACUAUCAAGGCACAUAGAUACCAUCAUUACCAGGGCAGGGCAAGCCAAGCAGAAGAAGACUGAGUAAAAGAAAUGUUUUUGCUGUAUUGUGGAACAUCUCCGGUUGUCUAGUGGAGUUGACCGUGGGCCUUUCAUCUUUGACUAUCCAUAGCUGUGAUCCUCCACUAAAAUUAAUUUUCGAUAUGCUGAUCUGAGGUUUUGAUGCGCAUUGUUUUCAAGCUGAGAAAUGAGGUGGCUUGUGUAUUUUUCUUUCUGAACAUGAGGUUUACUAUGGGCGCAUAUCGUACUCGCAAUGAUAUUGGAUAUUGCAAACGCGUACAUACAAGAAUGUGGGCUGCUUGCGCAGUUAACCAUACGAUCUUGCUGUCA